CUUGGCAUUUUAUUUUUAUUUACUUGGUUUUUAUAUUUAGUUGUAUUUGUGUUGUUGUUCAUGAAAACAUACAUUCAGUUUGUUUUCCUUUCUUUUAUUUUGUUAAUAGUUGCCCCGUAUUGAAAAAAAAAUUAUCAUUUGUUGUGUGUGCCAUAAUCAACGUCAAUGUGUGUGACAUAUUUUUUUCUGAAACUUUUAUCCCAUUCGCCAUUAUCAUUUUUCUUAUAAUUUAAUCAAAUCAACAAAAUAAAUACAUCUCAAACAAUAUGAAAUUACUUAGAGAUGUAAAUGUUAAUCAAGAAGAUUUGGAACAGCUGCCAUUUGAAAAAUUUCUCUAUUUUUUUCGAUUUCGUCAUGAAUUUAAUGUAGCCAAAUUAACAAUUGAUAACGUAUUACCAAAGGAAAUUUUUGAAUUACAAGCAAUACAAAAAUCUGGUAUCGAUAAACAAGAUAAUCAAAUAUUUAUCAUACGUUUAAAAUAUUAUAAGAAAAUUGCUCAACUAGAAUGGCUUAUCAAACGUGCAUUGUUCUAUUAUUUUGAACAACUUGAUCUUGAUUAUGAACAUCGACAUAUCAAUGGUGUUUGUAUUGUUAUUGAUUGUCAAGAAUUUGGUAUUUCAAAUGUUGAUCUAGAUCUAUUACAGUUUUUGGCCAAACAGAUACCAUAUAGUUAUUAUGGUCUUGUAAGAAAUGUUCUUGUUUAUGAACUGCCAUUUUUGUUAAGUUAUAUUGUUAAAAUUGUCGAAUCAUGGCUACCAACAUAUACCGACAAAGAUGGUAACAAACAAAAAUUUUUUGCCGUCAUUGGUAAAAAAAAUAUCGAUGAAUUUAUUGAUAAUGAUCAACGGCCAAAAUAUUUGAACGGCAAACUAGUGUUUCCUGUUACAGUGCCAGAUAAUGCUCUUCCAUUUACAGAAUUUGUCAAACAAUUCAAUGGCCAAAUCAAAGAUGUCAAUGUUAUCAAAAUUAGUCAACACAUAAAUCAAAUGACCAAAGAACAAAUAACAAAUGGAUAAAUUGAAUUUCUUUUAUUUAUGAUGAUGAUGAAAAUGAUGAUGAUGAUGAUGUUGAUGGUAGUACUCGCUUUUUAUAAUAAAAUAAAUUCCAAUUGAAAAAAACCAAAGAGGCUCUCAUACA